AUGUCUUUUGGAAUAAAAACAGCUCCAUCCUUGUUUCAAAAGGCCAUGAUUCGGGUAUUUGCUUCCAUUCUGUCUUCAGCACUCGUCUACAUUGAUGAUAUUCUACUCUUUUCUCUAGAUAUUGAGUCUCAUGCUGUCUUACUACAAAUUUUUUAUUCCCUGGUUCAAACUCAUGGUAUCAUGCUCUCAAAGGAAAAGAUGUUUCUUGCCCAACCAGAGAUUGAUUUUUUAGGGAUGUAUAUCUCUAAAGGAAUGGCAGAAAAAAGGUUCUAUUAUGUUGUUUUUGUUGGAAAGGUCCCCGGAAUCUAUGAAAGUUGGAUAGCUUAUAGCGAACAAGUAACUCGUUUCUUUGGGGCCGUAUUUAAGAAGUAUCUCUCAUUGGAAGAGGCAAAUAAUGCUUGGACUGUGUAUGUUGAAGCUCAUUCCAAUGUGCAAUUGCUGUCUCCUCAACUUGCUCAACUCUCGACCGAUUAUCCACCUUUGCUCAUACCCGUGCAAGCAAACAUGGAUGACCAAACUCAUUCCAAUUUGCCCAAACAUUGCGUGUACAUUGCAAUGCUCACAGUUGGGGCUAAUGAAAAGUCAUCUUUGGCUGGAUAA